AAAAAACGAUCGCCACUUUUGUUGGAGCCUGAAAUACGAAAUGCCCACCACAUGCUCGACGGUUUGCCGCGAAGAAGAACACAUUCUUCCUGAACUUCAUUCUUCAGAAAUGGCUUCCAAUUCCAGAGCAAUCCGGUUCCCUUUCGCUACCCCUUCCAUCUUCCCAUCACCCGCCGAAGAAAACGGGUUCGGCGGCAUCGAGAGACCUUCACCGUCUCCUUCUAGCAUCUGAAGGACAGCCGUCAUCGAAGGACGAUCCGCCGGGUACCAUUGAAUGCACCACAGGCCAGCAAUGGUGAGCUUCCUCACAAUCUUGGCGUCUCCUUCUUCCUUGAUCCGAAUCCGAAACUCUUCCCCUUUGUCCAAAUGCUCGUAAACCCAUUCAGGGAAGUAGACCUGGCGCAGGCCGCCAUUCACAUCGGCUUCUUCGUUGUUCUUCCUCCCUCCAACCAUCUCCAGCAGAAGCAUACCGAAGCUGUACACGUCUGAUUUGUACGAGACAUUGCCGAAGUUUCUGGAGAAAACCUCCGGAGCUAUGUAUCCCAUGGUCCCUCGAGCCGCGGUCAUGGUGAUGGCGCUCUGGUCCUUGGCGCAGAGCUUUGCCAGCCCGAAAUCGGCUAUUUUAGGGUUGAAAUCGUGGUCGAGCAGGAUAUUGUGCGGCUUGAUGUCGAAAUGGAGGAUUCUCUGGUCGCAUCCUUGGUGCAGGUAUUCAAUCCCUUUCGCUAUCCCUAGCGCGAUUUCGUGCAACCUCUCCCAGCCGAGGCUGUGAAUGUGAGAUCCAUUACCGCCAUCAGUGGCGGAGAAGAUGAACUUUUCUAGGGAUUCAUUGGGGAGGAAUUCAUACACCAGAGCUCUUCUGAAUCCAUCCGCGCAAUAUCCUACCAACCGGAUGACGUUGACAUGGUGGAUUCUUCCCAUGGUUCCUACCUCGUUGAUGAACUCGUCACCAUUCUUGGCUACAGUUGAGCUGGUGAGGAUUUUGACAGCAACAUGGAUUUCCCUGGAGAGCCUGCCUUUGAACACUGUACCGUAAGCUCCCUCCCCCAAUUUAUCCUUGAAAUUGUUUGUGAUCCUCUUUAGAUCAGCAUAUGAGUAUCUUGCUGGCUUCAUAGCUUUGUAGUCUGCUAGGAACUUCUCUAUCUUGGCCUGGUUUUCCAUCUCGAUUCUGUUUGAAUGGUACAUGUAGAAUGAGACACCAACCCCCACUAGCAGCAGAAAAACUCCAACAACAAUCACUGCUAUCAUGAUCUUCCUGCGGCCUUGAUUUCCCUUUGGCGGAACGUAGCAUUCAUAUCCAAUUGAGCUGUUCGUCGUCGAUCUACACCUCUGGCCUUGAGCUUCACAAGCUCCACACCCUGGUUCUGUCCAGUUCAAAUGCAGUGUAUUGAAUGGGGGAUUCACUACUUCAUCUGGAAUCAAUAAACUGGUGUACAUCUUGGUGCAAGAAGACAGGGGCAAAUUAUCGAUACUUAUGAGACUAUUGAAGGCAUAAACAUCGUAGAAGCCCGGAGUACUCAGGCAGGGUACUUGGUUGAACAAGUUUCUCUCCACAGCUGAACAGUUGAAGAAGACAUACCCCACUCCAAAAGUGGACAACCCUUGGUAUCGGAAUGGAGACGUCGACAGAUUGAAGUUUCUAGCCUGUCUUGCAAGGCAGACAUUAGGGUCAACAGUUACGAUGCUCUGGGAUGUGUAGUCAAUCUUCUGGAUGUAAAGCUUCACUGAAUUUGGUAGCUCGAGCACCGUCUGCUGCAUCUCGUUGCAGGUUAAAUCAAACCCGGGAUAACCACAGGUGGCCGGCUGCCUGUCUUUUAGCCUGAACGGGUAUCUGAUCUUCGGACCGUGGCGACCGCAUCUUGUUUCCUGGCAGUCGGUAAGUCCUCGCCCAUGGUGGGCGAGUGCUACCACGAGCAGACAAACAAAAGGAAGAUGCUUCUUCAAGAGAUUAUCCAUCUAAGCGCAACGGAAGAUAUGGGUUUUCAGUCUCCUCUGAAUUUUAGAAGAGAUGUACAUGUAUGGCAGUGAAGAAUGGUCGGAAAUGGUGGUAGUUCUGGAUGAGGUUGCUACUUGCUAAGGUCAAAUGAAGGCUCUGCAACUUUGGAAAAGUCAUGGUCAACUUCCAACUAGGAAAGAUGGGCCAAGUAUGGGUAGAAGUAGAAGUCAAAGAGUCUUUGAAUCAUUCGCUACAAAACAGCUAGAGGAAAAAAGUGGGCUUCUUUGAGUCUGAUACCAAGAAUGAAUUCUCACUUCCAGAAAGGUUGAGUCUACUUUCAGCACAUUUGACUUGGUCCGUAAAGUUUGAAAUUCAGGGCGGUCUCAUUUGUUCAUCUUUGACCAUAGAUGUUUCAGUUUUUGGAUCUUAACCUAACACCAAUAGGAUAAGACUUGCUUUCUUUCUGUUCUUUCCCUUUUUUUCACAUCCAAAAGUGGGGAAUAUAUGGGAUAUGGCUGCGUUGAAGUUCUUCACGUUAACCGAUCUCUCUGUUGUGCUGCUUUUAGUUCUCGUCCUUCUCCAGAUAUGCAGCGCCCAGAACAGGCAUCGAUGUCCUCCUUCUUCCUGCGGCAACAUCCCAAUCAACUACCCUUUUCGGCUAAGAGGCGAUCCAGAGCACUGCGGCUAUCCUCUUUACGAGCUGGUCUGCGAGAACAACAUCACAGUGCUAUACAUCUCCGAAGGCAAAUACCACGUUCAAGCAAUUGACUACAACAAAUUGACAAUUCGACUCGUCGAUGCCGCCGUGCAGAAGGACAACUGCUCUACAAUCCCUCGUCACUCUCUGCUCAGACCCAACUUCACUGCUGCAAGUCCCUUCAACUGGAUCGGGUCGUACAACGAACAACCCAGGGUGGCAACGUUUAUGAAGUGCCUCAAUCCUGUGAAGAAGGAAGAUUUUCCUCGUUAUGUGGACACUGCUCCUUGUGUGAAUGGGACAUCGUAUUCUUAUGUGAUGCUUGGAGGCGAUUUGACGGAUGUAGGGGAUGCCUGCACGGUGGAGUUGAUAGUUCCAUCUUCACUGCCCAUCAGGGGCAAUAUCGGCAAUGUUUCGUUCCUCGACGUGCAUAAUGACUUGGUCGAUGGGUUUGAGCUUGUUUGGUAUCAAGUUGCGUGUAUAAGUUGCAGAGGGGCGGAAGUGUGCUAUUUGCUUAGUGGGUCUACCCCAGACUGCUCUGCAUCUACGGAGACCUUCUUCUAUUGGAUCAACUACACUUUCACAUAUCAGCGCUUGCUCAUAUUGCUGGUCAUUGGAGUAAUAGUCGUGGCCAGAUUGAUAUUCCUAGGCCCUUUUGUGUUGGGAUUCGUGAUCUUCAGAUGGAGGAGGAGACACUUGUCGAUGUUCGAGGGCGUUGAAGAGUUCCUCCGGAGCCAGAACAACUUCACUCCAGUGAGAUACUCUUACUCUGACAUCAAGAAGAUGACGAGUAACUUCAGGGACAAACUAGGACAGGGAGGGUACGGGUCCGUCUACAAAGGCAAGCUCCGCAGUGGCCAGUUUGCUGCAAUCAAGCUACUACUGAGCAACGACUCCAAGGGAAACGGACAAGAUUUCAUCAACGAAGUCGCCACCAUAGGAAGGAUCCACCACGUCAACGUGGUCCGCCUUGUAGGCUACUGUGCCGAGAGGUCGAAGCGGGCCCUCGUCUAUGACUUCAUGCCCAAUGGCUCCCUCGACAAGUACACGUCUUCAUAUGGAGGAGCAGAUGGGAAUGUCGUUCUGUCCUGGAACCAGAUGUUCAAGAUUUGCUCGGGCGUCGCCAGAGGGAUCGAGUACCUCCAUCGUGGCUGCGAUAUGCAGAUCCUGCAUUUCGACAUCAAGCCUCACAACAUCCUCCUUGACGAAAAUUUCAUUCCAAAGGUCUCGGAUUUCGGCUUGGCAAAGCUCCGUCCUGCAGCGAGCAACAACACCUUGUCACUCACUGCAGCCAGAGGAACCAUCGGGUACAUUGCACCGGAGUUGUUCUACAAGAACAUUGGACGUGUCUCGUAUAAGGCCGACGUGUACAGCUUCGGGAUGUUGCUGAUGGAGAUGGCGGGAAAACGGAAGGGUCCCACGAACCCUGUGGAUUCGAGUGGGAGCUACUUUCCUAACUGGGUUUACAACCAAGUGGUUUCUGGAGAAGUGGAAAGCGGCGAGACUACGACGACGACAACAACAGAAGACGAGAAGGUAGUGGCUAAGAAGAUGGUGAUGGUCGCAUUGUGGUGCAUACAGAUGAAGCCAGAGAAUAGGCCUUCGAUGGGCAGAGUUGUGGAGAUGCUUGAAGGUGACUUGGAGACCCUGCCAUUGCCUCCUAAGCCUGGUUUGUAUCCAGAUGCAACGCCGGUGAUCGGAGAAGAGGGUUAUUCCGAUGAAUCGUCGUGGUCGUCUUCCCUGUACUCCGAUGAAACGAUCAGUUUGGUUACGAGUUCGGAGUGAUGGCAUUUGGGUGGCUUUGCUGGUUUUGUGUUGUUGUAAAUGCUCUGAAUAGAACUUCUGCUUUUGUUUUCCUUCACGCCAUAGAGAAGCUUAGGAAAGAGAUGUGUGCAUAGUUUGUUAAUUGGAGUUAUUUGUAUAUUUUAGGGUUUCUUUUUCAAAUUAGUAUUCGACUUUGAAACUUGCAAUUGUAUAUGGUUUAUGUUUCAUGUGGAUUUGUAAGACUUUUUGAUUUUCAAUACAUGGUGUUAUUUCUAUA